AUGGCAGAUCCGUCGUCCAACUUCGCUGCUCCGUAUACUUACCAGUAUACGCAGUCUGCGGGGUGUAUCCCCACGACCACGAGUUUGAACCAGCUCGCGCCGAUCUACACGCCGUCGCCGUCGGGCGCGUUCCGUGCGAGCUCGCAAAGUUCAGGCUCCUCCCCUGAUGGAGGAAGAGGACAAGGCUGGACAAGUUUGUCAGGCACAGGCUAUGACACGCCCAUUUGCUCCUCGGGGCCUUGCGGGAACGCGGGGUGCUACAGCGCGCCCGCGGCUCCGCACUUUGCAGGCGAGCUGCAUCCUCUGAUCCCGAGCAAGUUCAAGUAUGCAUUUCCGCGCAACAAGAUCCUGAAACACAGAAGCUACGAAGUUUUAGCCAUAGAAGAAGGUCCAAAGGACGUCCGCAACAGUUCCUACGGUCGUUCGGUGUACGGGGCUGACGAAGUGCUGGGCCGAGUGAAGAGACCGUAUCGGAAAAAGACGAUCUUUGGAAUUGCACGGCGAACGGAUGCAAACCACACUCACAAGCAGGAAUUCGCGGGAAUCGUGGGAAGGGGGUCGGGACUUCCUUCAGGGCAGGUGUCGAGACUUCCGUCGGACCCCAACCGGGCGUGGUCGGCCACCAAAAAGAUGGACAGAGCGACUUUGUCCGAGAAUGCAAAAACCAGUCAGGACGCGAAGAAGUCAAAGGGAUGGAUGCGCAAUUGGCAGUGCUUCUUGUGCACCAGUGCCGAUUAUGUUAGCACCGAACAAGCGGCGCUGGAAGAGCAAAACGAACAUUUAGACGAGGCCCUCACUGAAUUUCAGGAGACGAAUCGCAUCCAAGCCAUCCGACUCUUUGAAACAGAGAAUCAACUUGAAAAGAAGAACGAGGCCUUGGAACAGCUCCAGUUGCAGUUGGAGUACGAGACGGCUGAGCUGAAAAAGAAGAACAUGGCCCUCGAAAAAGGGUCGAAAAUUGCGGAGGACUCCCUCAACGAGCUACGCGAGAAGGUCGUGAAGACGAUUGAGACUGUGUGCACCAUCCGCGAGAGCGCCGACACCUCCGAGCUCGAUGCGGUCCUCCGCGACUUUUGCUUCGAGGUAGCAAACGUCCUGAACGCAGCACGGGAGUCCGGUGUGCCCGGCCCGACCAUUAUUAUCCCGGCGGCGUCACCCUUGAAUCAGCUCGGCUCGCCGUCGGCUGCAGGGCCCGUUCGACGGAAGGUUGUGAAGAAGGGGGGCAAGGCCAAGAAGGGACUGAAGAAAAAGGGCAAAGGAGGCAAGAAGAAGGCUGUCGGGAAGAAAAAGAAGGGGGCCAAGGCAGGCGGCGCGAGAAAAGGCAAGGCCAAGGGGAGCGGGGUCAAAGGAACGAAAGGGAAGAAGGCGAAAGGCGCUUCGGGAGCUAUCAAAAAGAAGGCAAAGUCCGGGCGGAAACCGGCCAAGACCGUGGCACGUCGAGCGAAAGUGGUGAAGAAAAAGGGCAAUUCAGAGUCCAUCUCGAGCGGAGUUUCGGUCCCAGUUAUGCUCGGAUAUGAUGUGGCCGUGCCCCAGAGCUCGUCCCCCUAUCUCCUGCAACAGAUUUCCCAGAUGCAGCAUCAGAGCGGCGAACGACCGAGCCUUCCUUCAAGCACUCACUCCUCCAGAGCGAGCGCCCCUCAACAGCUCGGCGUGGCAGGUAUCGGCACAGCCAGCAGUCUGCAGUUCCUUUUGUAUCCGGGCUUUCUCGAGUCACAGUCUAAAAAUCUGGGAACGGCAAGCGAACUUCACCAGAGUCCCUCAACCGCCAAAGGGAGCCUUCAGAGCGAACCCCAACACCUGCCCUCGGAUCCCAUUUCGUUGGCGAACUUGAUGAUCGACAAGCAACUUGCGGCCCGGGUGCUCGACUCCCCAGCCACCACUGUGUAUCAGUGUGAAGUUUCGAGCGUCCACAGCGAGUCCCACCCAGAGAAGGCGCCUCCUGAAGCAUUGGAUGCCCCAAAUACACGUCUCAUCUCGGUGUAG